CUGUUGUUUAGUGAUAUUCAAGUCCUUCCAAACAAAUUAGUAUUUUGCAUUUAUACAAACAGGAGUUUAAAGGAUAAAAUGAUGAAACCUUUAGUAAUUUUAUCAAUCGUCUUGGUUCAUUCAUAUGGAGAGUGUGAAUAUGAUUCAAGAUAUAUUGGUUGGAAAGUUUUUAGAUGCGACCAAAUUACCCCAGAAGAAAGCGAAUUUAACAAAUUACACGGUAAAGAAAAACCAUUAAACUUCACUAGAUUGUAUUGGGAAAACUUCACUGGGGAACUAGACCCAAACACCUUAAAAGUAUUGCCAAACCUUUCCACGUUUGAAUUGAAGAAUUCCAAUUUUUCCACAAUACCUGAUGGUUUUUUUGAGGCAUGCCAAGAUUUGGAAGACAUAGAACUUAGAAACAACAAUAAUUUAAAAACCAUAGAAGAAAAUGCGUUUAAAAACCUCACAAAAUUAAGGAAUCUAUUUAUAAUAAACAACAGCAUUCUGGAGGACUUUUAUCUGGAGUUUGUAAGUCACUGUGAUCAAAUGGAAAAUUUGGGGUUACCGUCCGAUGUUGUUUUAUCCAUGGAUAUACCGCAGCUAAAAGAAUGGUUUCCCAAGUUAUAUUCAAUAAGUAUCGUGAUAUAUGUUGAAAUGGAAGAUAGUGAAAAGAUAAUGAAAAAGAUUGAAGACGUUAUAAAUCAAACUGAGUUGAAGAUUUAUUUUAGAGAUUUGAACGAUUGCUGCAGUUUUAUUAACUCAUAUCCUGAAUAAAAAUUUACUCCGAGAAGACACAAAAAAGGAAGAACAUGUUCUAUGCAUAAAUUAAAUAUUAAUAUUUAUACCGGGGUAAUAUUAUGUGCUGUGGUAUAUUUGGGGGGUAUUUCAUCAUCAAAAAUAUACUUAGGUUUAGUUAAAUACCACUAGCUAGCGGUUUGAUAAGUUUUGCCAAUAAAUGUACAAGAUCGCAAAUCGUGCCCCAAAAUGCAAAAGCAGUUUGGUUAGCAUUAAUUAUACAGGGUAUUAU